GAUCGAAGCUCAAGCCUCGAGUAUCUCGGGAGUAUCCCGGAGUAAUUCCCUUCUCCUUGGGAAUUUUGGGAUCCUGGCUGGGAAUUCCGGGGGAAUUCCACCCCAAACCCGAUGUAAUCCCAGGAAUUCCCCCGGAAUUCCCAAAUUUCCGGAGAAUUCACGAGAUUUUGGGGAAUUUGGGAAUUUGGGGAGGACAUGGAUAAGGAGAAAUCCGUUCCCUGAGGGGUUUUUUUGGGAUAAAUCCUUGAAGGAAUUUUGGGAUCGAUUCCCCCCCCCCCCUCCAUUUUUUCCCAAAUUCCACCCAAAUUCUCAUGAAAAAUGCAAAUUCUGGGAUGGAUUCCUCCCAAAACUGGGCAAAAAUGAGAAUUUCAGGAUUAAGUCUCCCUUUCCCCCAAAAUUCCCCCCCAAAAAAACAGCAAAAAAGAGAAUUCGGGAUGGAUUCCCUCCAAAAUCGCAUCCAAAAUACGAAUUUUGGGAUGGAUUAACCCCGAACUGCAGCAAAAAUGAGAAUUUUGGGAUUUCCACCCCCAUAAUCACUUCCAAAAUAAGAAUUUUGGGAUAAAUUCCUCUCUUUUCCCUAAAAAUCUCAUCAAAAAAGAGAAUUUUGGGAUCAAUUUCCUCCAAAACCACGUCAAAAAUGAGAAUGUUUGGAUUUCCCCCAGGUUUUCCCCAGGAUUCCCAUCAAAAAUGAGAAUUUGGGGAUUUUCCCUGGGAUUCACCCCAAAAAUCCCAUCAGAAAUGAGAAUUUUGGGAUGGAUUCCCUCCAAAAUCCCACCAAAAAUGCAAAUUUUGGGAUUUCCCCUGGGGUUUUCCCUGGAACAGAGCGAGAAAAGGACCCCGGACCUGGGAAUUUUGGGGAAUUUGGGGAAUUUUUGGGAAUUUGGGGGUGACGCCGCCUCUCGUUGCAGGGGACAUGGACGAUGAGGACGGGCGGUGCCUGUUAGACGUCAUCUGCGAUCCGCAGGCCCUGAACGAUUUCCUCCAUGGAUCCGAGAAGAUCGACAGCGACGACCUCCUGGAGCACUCGGGCGACGCCGCCAGCGCCUUCUUCGAGGGAGCCGCGCUCCACGGGCAGGAGGCGGCCGGGAACCCCCUGAGCGCCGAGCCCAGCCAGCCGGCGGCCGGCGUGGACCUGGACUUCCUGGAGGAUGACAUCCUGGGCUCGCCGGGCGGCGCCGGCGCGGGCGCCGAGCAGCCGUGCGACAUCCUCCAGCAGAGCCUGCAGGAGGCCAACAUCACCGAGCAGACGCUGGAGGCCGAGGCCGAGCUGGACCUGGGCUCCUUCCAGCUGCCGGCGCUGCAGCCGGUGGUGCAGGCGGCCGACGGCGCGCCGCAGAUCUUCCCCGGCGGCGCCGCCGACCUGCUGGGGCUGCAGCCUCCCGCCGUGCUGGCGCCGCAGGCCUUGGUGCAGCCGCCGGACGUGGUCAACAAAGCCAUCAGCGUGCAGCCCUUCCUGCAGCAGGUGGGGCUGGGCAACGUCACCAUCCAGCCGCUGCCCAACCUGCCCGGCCUGCCCAACGGCAGCCCCGGCGGCGCGCUGGGGCUGGGCCCCAUCCAGGUGGUGGGCCAGCAGGUGAUGGCCAUCAACCAGCCGGCGGCGCCGCAGCUGCUGGCCAAGCCGGCGCCCGUGGCGGCCGUGGGCGGCUACAUCGCGCAGCCCGACGCGGCGGCGGCGGCGCAAGGAGCCGGUUUGGUCAUCCAGAAGAGCCUCCCGGCGGCCGUGGCCACCACGGCGCUGAACGGCGGCUCGGUGUUCGGCGGCGUGUCGGCGGCGUCGGCGCAGCCGCUGACGGUGGCCUCGGGGCCGGGCGGUUCCCUGGUGCCGGCGCCCAACGUCAUCAUCCACCGCACGCCCACGCCCAUCCAGCCCAAGCCGCCCGGCGUGCUGCAGCAGAAGCUCUACCAGAUCACGCCCAAGCCCUUCGCGCCCGGCGGCGCGCUGGCGCUGCCCGGCGAGGCGCCGGCCAAGGCGCAGCAGAACUUGGCCUUCAUGGCCGGCAAGGCCGCGCCCAACGUGGUGCUCCAAGGCUUCCCGCCCAACGUCUUCAAGCCGCCGCCGCCGCAGCCGCCGGCGCUGGGCAAGUCCAUGAGCGUGCACGUGCUCAACCAGGGCGGCUCCAUCGUCAUCCCGGCGCAGCCCUUCCAGGGCCAGAACCAGUUCCUGCUGCCCGGCGCCUCGGCCGUGCCGCUGCCGCAGCCGCUCUCGGCGCUGCCGGCCAACGUGGGCGGGCAGCUGCUGCCGGGCGCGGGCCAGGCGCACAUCAUCGCCGGCCAGGGCGCCGGCGCGCAGCUGCUGGCCAACCCGGCGCUGCCGGCGCAGCUGCUCAACCAGAACCUGGCGGGGCAGCUCAACCUGGGCCCGGUGCUGGCGUCGCCGGGCGCGGCGGGCGCGGCGCACAUCCUGUCGGCGGCGCCCAUCCAGCUGCAGCCGGGCCAGGUGGCGCCGCCGGCGCUCUUCCAGAUGCCGGUGUCGCUGGCCGGGCCCCUGCCCAGCCCCGGCUCGGCGGCGCCGGCGCCCACGGUGAUCCAGGGCGUGACGCUGGCCAGCCCGGUGGCCAUGCUCAACGCCGGCGAGGGGCUCGGCGCCGCCGCCGCCGCCGUCGGCAUCCCCGCGGCCGCCGGCAGCCCCGGCGCCGAGCCCGGCUCGGGCGGUGCCGCGCAGCCGCCGGCGGCGCCGGUGCCGGCCCAGCCCAGCCCCGGCUUGGCCGGGAGCCCCGAGAAGAUCCUGCUGGGAACGGCGGCGGCGGCGACGCCGGUGCUGGGCCAGGAGGCCGUGCCCAUGUUCCUGCAGCAGGUGCCCCAGGGGCUGCUCCUGCAGCCGAAGCCGCCCCCGUCCAGCCCGGCGCCGUUCCCGGCUCCGGCCGCGCCCGUCCUGGUGUCGGCGGCUCCGGGAACGUCCGGCACGGCCCUGGCGGCCGCCGGCGCCUCCGCCUCAGGUGCCGCGGCGGCGGCGGCGGCGGAUCCGAAGCUGUUCUGCAGCGCCGGUGCCGCCGUUGCCGGCGCCGUUCCCGUUCCCGUCGCCGCCGGGGCCGUCCCGGUUCCCGUUCCCGUCGCCGUCCCCGUCGCCGUCGCCGUUCCCGGCGGGAAAUCGGCGCCGGCUCCCGGCAAGGCGGGAACGCCCCUCCCCCCCCAGCCCGGCCAGGCGAAGCCGGGCGGGAUCAAGGGCCCCCCCCAACCCUCGGGGGGGGGGAAGGGCCCCCAGGCCCCGCCCUCGCUGGAGCCGAAGGCGCCGCUGGCGAAGGCGCCGCUGCUGCAGCCCAGUAAGGAGGCCUGCCUGCUGGAGCAGCUGCACCGGCACCAGGGCGCGGUGCUGCACCCGGAGCUGCGCGCGCCGUUCCGCUCGCUGGGGGACGCGCUGCGCCGCCUGCUGCCCUACCACGUCUACCAGGGCGUGCUGCCGGGCCGCGCCGACUGCCAGCGCGUGGACGAGGAGUUCGAGGCGGUGUCGGAGCAGCUCCUGCGCCGCACCCGCGCCAUGCUCAACAAGUACCGGCUGCUGCUGCUCGAGGAGUCGCGGCGCGCCAGCCCCUCGGCGGAGAUGGUGAUGAUCGACCGGAUCUUCAUCCAGGAGGAGAAGACGGCGCUGGCGCUCGACCGGCAGCUGGCCCGGGACCGGCCCGACGAAUACGUCUCCUCCUCCUCCUCCUCCUCCUCCUCCUCAUCUUCCUCCUCCUCCUCGCUGCCCCUCCCCCAGCCCUCCCCCGCCCCUCCCCCGCCCGCCCCUCCCCCUCCCGUGCCCCCCAAGCUGCUGAUCAAGCACGGGGGGGGUUCCCCGAGCGUCACCUGGCUGGGGGACCCCCAGCGGGGGGGAGGGGACCCCCAGCGGGGGGGAGGGGACCCCCAGCGGGGGGGAGGGGACCCCGAGGAGGCGCUGCCGUCGCGCAGCCGCCCGCCCAUGAAGACGUACGAGGCGCGGAGCCGCAUCGGCCUCAAGCUGAAGAUCAAGCAGGAGGCCGGGCUCAGCAAGGUGAUCCACAACACGGCGCUGGAUCCGCCGGGGAUCCCGCCCGGAACCGGCACCGGCACCGGCACCGGCACCGGCCCCGGCGCGGCGCUGGCGGCGCAGCUCAACGGGUCGCUGGAGAAGAAAGCGCCGAUGGCGACGCUCCCCAAGGCCGGCGGCGUCGGCGCCGCUCCGUGCCGGCUGCCGCUGAGGAAGAGCUACCGGGAGAUCAACCGGGAGAUCAACCGGGAGCAGCGGGAGAUCGGCCGGGAAAUCAACCGGGAAAUCAACCGGGAAAUCAACCGGGAGCACCGGGAAUUGAACCGGCAGCACCGGGAGGCCAACCGAGAACUCCGGGAGGUGAACUGGGAGGUGAACCGGGAGGUGCCCCAGCACCGGGACACGCCGGCGGCGGCGGCGGCGCCGCGCUCGGAGCGCCGCCCGGUGAUCACGGCGCUGCGCCGGGACCCGGGAUCCGCCGGGCGGAUCCGGCCCGGGAAAGGCCCCCCAGAGGAGCCGUCGGACGGCGAGGAGGAGGAGGAGGAGGAGGAGGAGGAGGACGAGGAAGAGGACGAGGAGGACGAGGAGGAUGAGGAGGAGGAGGAGGAGGAGGGCGGCGCGGCCGAGCCGCCGUGGGCCGGCAAGCGGCGGCGGGCGGAGGCGGCCGAGGUGGACGCGGCGUCGUUCAGCAGCGAGAGCCCGCGGGACGAUUCGCUGAGCGAGCACCUGCAGAGCGCCAUCGACAGCAUCCUCAACCUGCAGCAGCCGCGCGGCGCCGCCGCCCCGCCGCCGGCACCGGCACCGGCACCGGGAGGCGCCGGAUCGCCCUUCCCCGCGCCGCCGCGCCGCACCGAGCCCCUCCUGCCCCCCCCCAGCCACAACGGCGGCCUCGGCGCCGCCCGGACGUGCACCAGAUGACGGCGGCUGGAGACGGGAACGGAGACCGGGAACGCGCCGGGAACGCGCCGGGAACGCGCCGGGAGCGGGAGAGCCCGGGCACAUCGGGACACCGGGAACGGACGCCGGGAACGCACCGGGAACGGGAUCGGGAACGGCCCCGCGACGCCAGGAUCAGAACGGGACACCGGGAGCGCGCCGGGAACGCGCCAGGGUCGGAACGGAACACCGGGAACGCGCCGGGGUCGGAACGGAACACCGGGAUCGGGAGGCGCAGAUCGGACCGGGACGCCGGGAUCGGACCGGGAUCGGGAACGGGAACGGGAACGGGAGCGCAGCGGGAUCCCGAGAACGGAGCGGGAUCAGGAACGGACGGGAUCGGGAUCAGACCGGGAAUGGGAUCGGGAUCGGAGCAGGACCGGGAACGAGAACAGGAACCGGGACUGGGGAGAGCAGCGGGAAUUCGGGAAUGCGGGAAGGGAAAUUCGGGAAUGCGGGAUCGGCCCCCAGAUGGGAAAUUUGGGAAUGCGGGAUCAGCCCCCAGAUGGGAAAUUCGGGAAUGCGGGAUCGGCCCCAGAGAGAGGAACGGGAAAUUGGAGAGAGAGAGGAGCGGGAAAUGUGGGAAAUACGGGAAAUGUGGGAAUUCCGGAGCUUUUCUGGGAUCGGGGAGAGCCCCAGGCCCAGCGGGAUCGGGAUGGGAAUGGAAAGCCCCAAAUCCAUCAGGAUUGGGAUGGGAAAACCCCAAAUCCAUCGGGAUUGUGUUGGGAAUGGGAGCCCCAAAUCCAUCGGGAUUGGGUUGGGAAUGGGAAAAUCCCAAAUCCAUCGGGGUCGGGAUGGGAAUGGGAGCCCCAAAUCCAUCGGGAUUGGGAUGAGAAAACCCCAAAUCCAGCGGGAUCAGGACAGGAGAGAGGGAAAACCCCAAAUCCGUCAGGAUCGGGGUGGGAAUGGGAAUGAGAAACCCCAAAUCCAGCGGGAUGGGAACAGGAAACCCCAAAUCCAUCGGGAUUGGGUUGGGAAUGAGAAACCCCAAAUCCAUCGGGAUGGGAACAGGAAACCCCAAAUCCAUCGGGAUUGGGUUGGGAAUGAGAAACCCCAAAUCCAGCGGGAUGGGAACAGGAAACCCCAAAUCCAUCGGGACUGGGUUGGGAAUGAGAAACCCCAAAUCCAGCGGGGUCGGGACGGGACAGAGGGAAAAUCCCGGGAUCGGGGUCGGGGUCGGGAUCAGCGUGGGAAGAUCCCGAAUCCCUCGGAGCGCCGGGGUCGGGAGCCGGAGCCGCCUCCUUCCCCCCUUUUCCCCCAAAUCCCCCCGGAGCGGAAUUUCCCGGGAUCGUUCCCGGGCUUGUUCCCAAAAUCCCAAAAGUUCCGCCCCAAAAAUUCCCCCGGAAAGG